AUGUCCGACCAAACCCCUCCCGCCCUUCCGCCAGGGGAUCCCCCUCACGAUGAAACGCCUACCCCCGUCCUUGAUCCCUCAGCGGCAGCUCCAGACCAGGGAGCGGCUUCCGCUCCCUCGCACGACAGAUCGAUCGGUGUCUCUGACCGAGUCUAUCCCAUCCGGUCGCUAGUCUCGCUCGACCCUUCCUCGUCCUCCGAACCUCCCUCGCACAUCGUCAAGAGUCCCCUUUCUCCGACCGGUGGCGCUCGCCAGUUCUCGAUUAUCGAUGAUCACACCUGGACUCGUUUGCGGUCGGAUAGCAGGACAACCUCGACGGACACCAGCGGAGACGCGGGGGUGACGCCGGAGAGUUCCGAGCCUGCUUCGUCUCAGCGGAUGUCAGACUCGUCCUCCAGCAGACCACGCUCCAACACUGCAGGGCUUCACAAGGGCGACGACAACACCAUCUUUACCCCCAGCUCGGAUGGGGAGCACCCCCACAAUCAACAACCUUACGAGCUCAUGACAUCUCGAUUCCGACAUGUCGUGACCGACGAUGGCCAUGCCGUAAUCACUGGGAGGACCGUCGAUUCCUUCAAAGCAUGUGAAGACGAGCCGAUCCACAUACCCGGCGCCAUUCAGAGUUUUGGUGUCUUGGUUGCCGUGCGAGAAGAACCGGACGAGCAGAUGGUGGUCCGCAUCGUGAGCGAAAACUCACAAGACGUCUUUGGCUACACUCCGAACGAACUCUUCUCCCUUCCCACCUUUUGCGAUAUUUUUCCGGAUGACCAGGCGGAUAACUUUCUCGACCAUGUCGAUUUUGUCAAGGAUGACGGUUAUGACCCGUCGGUGGAUGGCCCGGAGGUGUUCAUUCUGACUGUGAAUCAGCCAGACGGCAGUACAACCCGCGUGUGGUGCGCCAUGCACACCAGCCCUGCACUCGACGGCCUGGUCGUCUGCGAGUUUGAGCUGGAGGAAGAUCCGAUCAAUCCUCUGACUAUGUCAGGCCAGGUCUCCCCUGCCGUUCCCGCCAAUACCCUCGAAAUCAUGCCCACGAUAGAGCAGAUCGCCGGCAGCUCGAUGGCCAUCAACCAGCCAUUACGCAUAUUACGUCGUGCCCGCCGGCGAAGAGGCGAGGCAGCUGCCAUGGAGGUCUUUAGCAUCGUCAGCCAAAUUCAGGAGCAGCUGGCCCGUGCGGAUAACAUGGAGACGCUGCUGGACACGACGUCGGGCAUUGUCAAAGAGCUAACAGGAUUUCAUCGCGUUCUCAUAUAUCAGUUUGACUCGCAGUUCAACGGCAAAGUUGUCUCGGAGUUGGUCAACCCGACAAUGAGUAUUGAUCUGUUCAAGGGUCUGCACUUUCCAGCCGCGGAUAUCCCUAAACAAGCGCGAGACCUCUAUCGAAUAAACAAAGUUCGCCUGCUUUAUGACCGGGACCAUGUUACCGCCCGACUUGUGUGUCGGUCACUUGAGGAUCUCGAAACACCCUUGGACAUGACCCAUGGCUACCUCCGGGCGAUGUCUCCCAUCCACAUCAAAUAUCUGGCCAACAUGGAAGUUCGGUCUUCCAUGUCAAUAAGCAUCAACAGCGCGGACGAUCUCUGGGGCCUCAUAUCCUGUCAUGGAUACGGAACGAGAGGCAUGAGAGUGUCCUUCCCCAUUCGAAAGAUGUGUCGCUUGAUCGGUGACACCGUUUCCAGAAACAUCGAGCGCUUAUCCUACGCUUCACGACUGCAGGCUCGCAAGCUUAUCAACACAGUUCCCACCGAUGCUAAUCCCUCCGGUUACAUCGUUGCUUCUUCGGACGAUCUUCUUCGUCUAGUCGAUGCCGACUACGGUGCCCUCUGCAUCCGCGGUGAGAUCAAGAUUCUGGCCAAGUCGCCCCAGUCUCAGGAGAUGCUGGCUUUGUUGGAAUACCUCAAGGUUCGAAAGUACAAUUCGGUUCUGACAUCCAACCACGUCGUCAAAGAUUUCCGAGACCUCAAUUAUCCUCCGGGCUUCAAGGAUAUCUCGGGCUUGCUAUACGUGCCUCUGUCGACCGACGGUCUGGAUUUUAUUGUCUUCUUCCGACGCGGUCAGCUCACCGAGGUCAAAUGGGGCGGCAAUCCGCACCAGGCCAAGUUCACAGCAGGCCAUCUCGAACCCCGGAAAAGCUUUCAGACCUGGAGCGAGACUGUUCUGGAUCGAUGCCGGGACUGGACCGAGUCCGAAGUCGAUACCGCUGCUGUUCUCUGCCUGGUGUAUGGCAAGUUCAUCAAGGUCUGGCGGCAGCAAGAGGCCGCCUUGGAAAGCUCCAGCCUCACCAAAUUGCUCCUGGCAAACUCCGCCCACGAAGUACGCACGCCUCUGAACGCCAUUGUCAACUAUCUGGAGAUUGCCCUCGAGGGUGCGCUGGACGGAGAGACUAGAGAUCAUUUGAGCAAAUCCUACUCUGCAUCGAAGUCGCUGAUCUAUGUCAUCAAUGACCUUCUCGACCUCACCAAUGUGGAAAAGGGUCAGAGUCUGAUCAAGGAUGAACCUUUCGACUUGCCGACCACGUUCAACGAAGCCACGAACAUGUUCGAAAGCGAGGCGAAACGCAAAGGAUUGAAUUACACCGUUCUAUCGCAGCCUGGAAUUCCUGAUACUGUGAUUGGGGAUCAGCGGCGUGUCCGGCAGUCGAUCAGUAAUCUUAUCUCGAAUGCGAUACAACAUACCUCCACUGGCGGAGUGACUGUCGAAGCGUGGCACGCUCCCUGCGAAGGCGAUCCGGACAAGGUGACCGUGAAGUUUGCGGUUUUGGACACUGGGCGAGGUAUCUCACCGAAGACGCUGGAGCUGCUAUUCCGCGAGCUGGAGCAAGUUUCGGGAGAAGACGACUCUCAUUACUAUGGCGAUCAUGGCGAUGAAAACGCUUCUCAGAGUCACAGCGAGGUCUCGGAGAAGGCUGUUUUGGGACUUGGACUGGCCUUGGUGGCUCGGAUAGUGCGCAACAUGCAGGGCCAGCUCACUGUCAGGUCUGAAGAAGGAAAAGGCAGUCGCUUUCAAAUUUCGCUACAGUUCCCGAUACCCGAAGGUUCGGAGACAAAGAGCCCAACUCUGGAACACCUUCCUGUUACCACUAGGGACUCUGUGACCGCGUUCCCGACGAGAGAGGAUAUGAUUCUCGUCGACAGUACCUCCGGUACUAAACGCAAUAGCCAGGACAGCACCGGCCGUCCAGACCUUCCUCCAACGUCUCAACCGGACACGCCCAGUGCUGAUCGCGAGGCGUCGCAAGUACAACCCAGCGAUGCUGGUGAACAAGCAUCAGACACCGAAGGUCAAGACCCCCCGAAACGAUCGACCGAUUCGACAGCAUCUAGUGCGCAUCACCCUUCAGAAUCGACGGCCUCGCAGCCUACAGACCGAUCUACAUCCGAUCCCAAUUCGAAUGCAGGUGGACCGGGACCACCGCCUCUCCAUGUUCUGGUGGCCGAGGACGACCCGAUCAACGCGAAAAUCUUGCAGAAGCGACUGGGGAAACUUGGGCACACCGUUCGGCUCACAGUCAAUGGGGAAGAGUGUGCGAACACGUAUGCGGAGGAGCCGACGCAAUGGGACGUCGUGUUGAUGGAUAUUCAAAUGCCGAUCCUGGACGGUAUGGAGUCAACCAAGAGAAUCCGUCAGUUCGAGAGUCAAAGCGAGACUCCGCUUCACAUCCCCAUCUUCGCCGUCUCCGCAUCCCUGCUCGAGAAGGACGCGCAGAUGUACAUGGAAAUCGGGUUUGACGGGUGGAUCAUGAAACCAAUCAACUUCAACCGAUUGAACACGCUCCUCGCGGGAAUCCACGAGGAGCAAGCGCGCAACGCCGCCGUAUACCAACCCGGACAAUGGGAAAAGGGAGGCUGGCUCACACCGUACACGCAGCCAUGA